AUGGCGAAGGCAACGCGAGUAGCUACGUACUGCUGGGACUUCGCGUUCGAGGUGGAGAAGAAAGGAACGAACCUGGACGAACCUGGGACAAACUGGUCAACUCAUAGGGGCACGUCCUCAUUCUCGUCUCGGAAAAAGGCCAAAGUAGACGGCGCUAACAAACGGACUGUUCGCCUCGACGAGUUGCCUUGGAAAACAGUUUCCAGACCCUUAGAAACUGGUCUCGGCGGUGAUGAUGGAAUCCUAGAGCUAGAGGAAGUCGAAGGAGUCGAGGUUUACUACGAGGAAACGGAAACGGGAAAGGUCGCAAAAUUUAAAUAUACGGAUGAUCCAUCCCCAAAAAAACCUUCGAAUAAUGAAGAGCCAGAGAACCAAGAAUCUCCAGACGAAGAUAGCGACGAAUCCGCGGAUUCAGAACCAGAGAAAGAACCCUUCGACUCAGAAACGCUGUUGCCGGAAUGGCACCCUCUUGGCCUUCACCCAAGACUGACGCGUUCAAUACACGCCAGAAACUUUUCAAAACCAACCGAAAUCCAGAAGGAAGCCAUCCCUCUCGCUUUGCAGGGACGAGAUGUCGUCGGAGUGGCGCAGACUGGCUCUGGCAAAACACUCGCAUACGGUCUACCGAUCCUCCACACCCUUCUCAACCAAAAACGACCUUCCUCCAAGCGUCGACGACCCCUUCGCGCCCUUAUCCUCGCCCCUACCCGUGAACUGGCUCUUCAAGUCUCUCAACAUCUUACCGAUACCCUAAGGGCGAUAGAACCUCAAGAAGAUGAAGGGGACGAAAAGAAACAGGCGGUGAAACCUCCUCCCCAUGUCAGUGUAGCGGCUAUCGUCGGGGGAAUGUCUGCGCAAAAGCAAAAGCGGGUAUUGGAUCGUGGUGUAGACGUGUUGAUCGCCACACCUGGUCGACUUUGGGACAUUGUUAGCACGGACGAUAACCUCGCCAAUGAGAUCAGAAACCUUCGGUUCCUGGUCCUCGACGAAGCAGACAGAAUGAUUGAGACAGGCCAUUUCGCUGAAUUGGAUAAUAUCUUACGAUUGACCUUACGCGAGUCGAGCGAGGAUGAAAUUCCUGGCAUCGACAACGAGAAAUCGGAAGACGAGGAUACCAACAUGGAUGAUAAGGCAGACGACAAGCCCUCGUCCGCCCAGAAGGGAACUGACCUGCAGACAUUCGUCUUCUCGGCUACGCUGAGCAAAGACCUCCAACGCAAUCUCAAACGACGAAAGCGAUCAAGCGGGUUCUCGAAAAAGAAAAAGCGCGAGCCUUCUUCAACAUUAGAUGACCUCCUCCUCAGACUCGAUUUCCGAGAUCCUGAACCAGAGGUUAUUGACCUCAGCCCCAAGGGCGGUGUUGUCUCAACGCUGCAAGAAGGGAGGGUCAACUGCUUGACUGCCGAUAAGGACGUGUAUCUAUUCUACUUCCUCCUCCGCCAUCCUGGUCGUACUCUUGUCUUCCUAUCGUCAAUCGAUGGCAUCCGUCGCCUCAACCCACUGCUCGAACUGCUUAAUGUCAAAGCAUUCCCACUGCAUUCGCAGAUGGAGCAGAGGCAGCGGCUGAAGAACCUGGAUCGCUUCAAAUCCAUCCCCAACUCCGUCCUUCUGGCGACAGACGUUGCAGCCCGCGGUCUCGACAUCCCCUCCGUCGACCACGUUAUCCAUUUCCAGAUUCCUCGUACCGCCGACACCUACAUCCACCGUAACGGCCGUACCGCCCGUGCCUCCCGCGAAGGCUUCAGCAUGCUCAUGUGCGCGCCCGACGAGCGCCGGAUCGUCAAAGCCCUCAUGAACAGCCUAGGAAGAGACGAGGCAGAGAUACCCGAAUUGGAUCUGGAGUUGAGUUUGCUGGAUCGGCUGAAGGAGAGGGUGAAGCUUGCAAAGGAGAUCGAGGGGAUGCAACAUCGUGUGAAGAAGGGCAAGUUUGAAAAGAAUUGGGUGAAGGAAGCUGCAGAUGCUUUGGAAGUCGAUUUGGAUUCGGAUUUCUUUAGUGAUGAAGAAGAUUCGGCAUCGACGAAGCAACAGCAAAAAGCACAUAACGCCAAACUCGCCAGUUUGAAAGCUGAGCUCAAGCAAAUGCUCGCACAACCGCUAGUCGCGCGUGGUAUCUCGGCCAAAUACAUCACCGCUGGAAGCCGACCCGUCGUUGACGACCUGCUCGCUGGAACUAUUAACCCGGCGAUGAUUGGCGUGAAGCAGGUACAGGCCAGAGAAGAAGUCAGGGUAGCCAAGAAGCCGAAAAAGCAACAGAAAAAGAAAGGUUCUGCUUCUAAUUAA